ACACUCAGUAUCAAGACUUUAUUUUUGUUUUAUUUAACUUCCAACACCAUACGACGAUGAUGAAAUACGUUCUUGUUCUGGUCUUACUGGCAGCAGCAACUGUCACAGCAGACGACACAACAGCAGACGACACAGCAGCAGAUGUUGCAGGUAAUGAAGGAACAGAUGAAUCAGAAGGUACCUGUGAGAUCGAUGGCGUCACCUAUCAGUACAAUGAUGAACUCCCCUCUGAUAAUCCCUGUGCUAUAUGUACCUGUCGCGGCCAACCAACACCCAGUUGCUUUAGCAUUUACUGCGACUGGCCAGAUUGCCCUGAAGGCUACGAGAUCUUCUACCCAGAAGACGAGUGCUGCCCUGGAUGUCAGCCCAUCCCGUAAAGUGUAGAGAGUGACCCCUUGUCUAACGAUGGCCUGAAGAGGAUUUUAUCAUCGGUAAAAAACUAAAACACGAAUCACUAAUAAAAUAGUUAAAUCAUGG